GACAGCGAUUUAUGAUCGUACUGAUCGUGGUUUCAAUCUUGUUACCAUCAAUUCCGGAGGCUUCUGCCAAAGCCUGUGGAUCGAGACUCCAGUUGCGGGCUCAAAAUGAUCCCGUUGACCUCAGUCGUUUGAGCGAGAAGCAGCUAAAACAGCUGGCUGAGCAGUUGGCAAAAUUCAAAACGCAGAAGGACGAAUAUGGCGGUGAUCUGGUGGAGGAAGAGGAUGACCCAGAACAGGAUCAGCAGCUGGAGGAUGCCGAGGACGAUCACCGCGGCGGAAGUCGUCCAUGGAACAGGGUGCAGCGGAUAAUCCGAAGACAGCUGAUAAAAAUACCCAAGAGAUAUCUCAAGAAGCUCCUAAGGCAAUUUGGAUUGGCCCGGAGUGCUGGAUAUAGCGGUGUCCGGAGUGCGAACUUGACUCCCCAGCUGGAGGAGUACUACCUAAUACCACUGCAGUGAAAUUAUUGACCGGAAAUAAAUACAAACAU